AUGGGUGAUGUUGAAAAAGGCAAGAAGAUAUUUAUGCAGAAAUGCUCUCAGUGCCACACAGUUGAAAAAGGUGGAAAGCACAAGACAGGCCCAAAUCUUUGGGGAUUAUUUGGUCGUAAAACAGGACAAGCUGCAGGAUUCUCUUAUUCAGAUUCUAACAAGAACAAAGGUAUUACCUGGACUGAAAGUACACUGAUGGAGUACUUGGAAAACCCCAAGAAAUUCAUUCCUGGAACAAAAAUGAUAUUUGCUGGCAUUAAAAAGCAGAGUGAGAGAGCUGAUCUUGUUGCAUACUUGAAAAAAGCAACCACCUCCUGAAACAUUGCAGCAGCAGCUGUAGUAUCAGUGA